ACCCCGUACAUUCAGACUGCAGCACGUACGGUACACAGAAAGCUUCAAGGGGAGGGAGAAUCAAUAGAGGAGUGUGGUGAAGAUACAAUCAUGCACCCGAUCAACGCGGUGGCGCUGCUAUCCAUGGCAAUCAGGAACCGCCAAAACGCUGCCAUACUGGGGGCAGAGAUAGAAUUCGGGAAUUUUUGGUGGUUUUUUUACGCCGGGAUAUCGUGCCUGUUGGUGCUGUUCGCUGGGAUAAUGUCGGGCCUAACAUUGGGCCUUAUGUCUCUUGGCCUCGUCGACCUCGAGAUCCUCCAGCGCAGUGGCACUCCGACUGAAAAAAAACAGGCUGCUGCAAUACUUCCAGUGGUUCAGAAACAGCACCAGCUUUUAGUAACGUUGCUUUUAUGUAACGCUGCUGCAAUGGAGGCACUUCCAAUUUACCUGGACAAGAUUUUCAAUCAAUAUCUUGCCAUCAUACUCUCUGUGACCUUUGUUCUAUUUUUUGGGGAGGUUAUUCCUCAAGCCAUAUGCACUAGAUACGGACUGGCUGUAGGUGCAAAUUUUGUAUGCCUUGUGCGAAUUCUGAUGAUUAUAUCCUAUCCUAUUUCUUACCCAAUUGGAAAGAUUCUGGACUGUGCACUCGGACAUAAUGAAGCACUGUUUAGACGUCCUCAGCUGAAGGCACUUGUCUCUAUUCACAGCCAGGAGGCUGGGAAAGGCGGUGAACUCACACAUGAUGAGACAACAAUUAUUAGUGGAGCGCUGGAUCUGACAGAGAAGACUGCUGAGGCGGCCAUGACACCAAUUGAGUCAACAUUUUCAUUGGAUGUCAAUUCAAAAUUAGACUGGGAAGCAAUGGGUAAGAUUUUGGCUCGUGGUCAUAGUCGAGUUCCUGUCUAUUCUGGGAACCCAAAGAAUAUUAUUGGACUUUUAUUGGUAAAGAGUCUUCUCACAGUAAGAGCAGAAACAGAGACGCCAGUGAGUGCUGUUUCUAUUCGAAGAAUUCCACGUGUUCCUGCAGAUAUGCCCCUGUAUGACAUACUGAACGAGUUUCAGAAAGGUAGCAGUCAUAUGGCAGCUGUGGUGAAAUCUAAAGGGAGAAACAAAAAUACUCCAUCUACUGUGCAGAGGUCCGAGGAGAGUGGAGUUACGAAUGGGAAGUCAGACUUAACCACUCCAUUGUUAUUGAAAAAAGAAGAGAAGGCAGAUGUUGUUGUUGUUGACAUUGAUAGGUUCUCACGGUCAACCUCCAGAAGUAACAGGACAUAUAAUGAUGCAGUUACUGAUGGAAUGGCCCCUGCAUCAGAGGACUCUGAAGAUGGUGGAGUUAUUGGUAUCAUCACAUUGGAAGAUGUAUUUGAAGAACUUUUGCAGGAGGAAAUUGUUGAUGAGACAGAUGAAUUUGUUGAUGUUCACAAAAGGAUACGUGUGGUAGCAGCUGCAGCUGCUUCAUCAGUUGCACGUGCCCCGUCAACUCGGAGGUUAAAUAGCCUGAAAGGAGCUGGAGGCCAAACUAAGCAAGGACAAACCCCCAAGAAAUCAGGCGAUGGUGACUCCAGUUCAACAAAGACUGCAAGCAAUUCUGUUGAGCCCCUUCCUGGAAAUAAUAAAUGAAGACUUCAAUAUUUUUGCUGGACCUCGCAACCGUCCAUAGAGGUAUUGUAAUUUGGUGUAAGGAAUGGAGACUAGUCCUUGUGUAGUAGCAUUGUACAACUUCAAUAGUACAUAUUAUCCUUUAUAAGUUGAUCCAUAAUUUUGCUAUAUAAUAAAGUUGAAUCAGAGGUUGCCAAGUGCAAUAUAUCGUUGGCUCUUUUGAGCUAUAUGUAUCAAUUUGGGAAGAGAUUGCUUAAGUUUGGUUUACUGUUGAUCAGUAAGCCAAAUAUGUGUCAGUUCCUUCUUCAUACUCUGGUGUUUGGUAGUUAACGAAGUACAGGGGAAUACUCAAGAUUGACAUAGGGUCAUCUUGUUAUUCGUUAUUUUUCCUGGUUAUAUAAGGCCCCAAAUACUGAACAUCAUGGGGGCUGUUUUAUGUUUAUGUCAUUUGGUCAAUGUAUGUCCAGCUGGACAUUAUUCAUUCUUAACAGCAAUAAUAAACAAUGUACAAAGUAAAACUACAAAUAUAGUUGAAAGUUUUGCUGCCAUUGUUCC